AUGGGAAGCAGUCCAGCUCCAUUUCCCGACAUUGGCAAGAAAGCCAAAGAUCUUCUAAACAAGGAUUACAUUUUCGACAAAAAGUUUAUUCUGACAAUGCCGAGUGCCACAGGAACGGUGUCGACGAAAGUUACUGUCAAAAAUCUAAUCCCAUCUGCUAAAGCUGUUAUCAGCUUCAAUAUACCUGAUCACAAGUCUGGCAAGUUGGACGUGCAAUAUGUUCAUCCUCAUGCUACGCUCAAUUCCAGCAUUGGCCUCAACCCAACUCCUCUGCUAGAUCUAUCAGCAACUAUCGGAAGCCAGACUGUUUGCCUUGGUGGUGAAGUUGGUUUCGACACAGCUUCGUCGUCACUAACCAAGUACAACGCCGGAUUCAGUCUCAACAAGCCAGACUUCUCCGCUGCGCUCAUGCUAGAAGAUAAAGGGGAGAGCCUGAGAGCUACUUACGUCCACACGGUGAACCCAACCACAUCCGUUGGUGCAGAACUGAUCCGUCGCUUCUCGAAUGAUGAUAACAACAGCUUCACCAUCGGAAGCUGUCACUCAGUGGAUCCAUUCACAACGGUGAAGGCGAGAUUCUCAAUCAGCGGGAAAGCAGGGAUGGUGGUACAGAGAGAAUGGAGACCAAAGUCGCUUAUAACUUUCUCAGCUGAGUGUGACUCAAAGGCUGUGAACUCUUCACCGAGGUAUGGUCUGGCUCUCGCCCUCAAACCAUAG